GCCUGCUGCAUUCUUUGAGGCUGAAAGCACCGGGGAGCCGACAUCCAACCCCCCAGCCUCCCAGCCUCCCUUGUUGCGGUCAGAGAACUUGCUCGCAGCCAGCGCAUCCAGACCUGAGCCAGGAACACAAGUGCGGAUGCAGGAACAGAUGCAAAUGCAAACGCAAAUGCAGGUACAGCGGGGUCGCCCCACAGUCUGGGAGCCGGACAGCCAAACAACAAGGACCAGCGGGCACAGGGAGCCAGGAACAGGGCGCAUGAACAGACAAUCAAACCUACUGUCCCACAAGGAAUCCAACAUCAGCAGCCCCACGAUCACCCACGAUCACCCACCCAACCCACGAUACCAACUCUGCGGCCUGCCAGCUCAGCAGCUAGCAGCAGCUGCGCCCCUGUUUCCCAGAUGCCAGAUGCCAGACAGCCAGACAGCCCAGGCCCACCAGCAAGGCGACGACGGGCCGACAGAGUGGAAAUUCCCCGAGCUCAUUUCCUCACCACGCUUCCAAAGGUCCACAGAACCUGUUCUGCAGCAGGCUUGAUCGCCUCGGUUCCCUCGCCAGUCACAGUCAGCCAGUCCGUGCAGCCUACACAUCAAGGCCACUCUGCAGGCGUGAGCGCAGGCCCACGGCUGGCUGCCUCUGAACAUCCAGGCCGUGGCACAUGACGAGAUGACGACAGACCCUGGCGUGGAGGAUCGCACUCGAGUCGAUGGGCACAGCACAAUCCUCUCGGAUCCAACACCAUCUGUCUCACGGGCGAAGAGCUCACCUGGGCAUGCUGUCAGGAGAAAAGCAAUGACGCCCCUAUUCCCAAGAAUAAUGGCCUUCUGGUUGGCCAGCUCCCGACGGCAGCGGCGUUAUUUGCGUGCUGUUCCCCAAAAGUGGGCUGAGAUGGCUUUCGCCGAUGCCGUUAGAUUUGGGACAACAUCGGUAGUGUUCCACAUCACAGUACCUAUUUUUACUAAUGAAUUCCGCCGUCUUUUUGGGCCUCGGUGUUGGUUCACUUGGCAGCGGACCUGAUGCGACUCAUUCGCCACCACUUUGUUUUGGUGCUCGCCAGAACUUUUCAAUUAAAGUUACGGACACGAGCCCUGGCCAACGGGGUCUCGGUUGACCCGGCAAGCGAACACUGCCGCUUCCCAGUGUGCCAAGGUCCAGAAGCCUCUCCCUACCCAUUCUCCUGAUGCGUUCCGUUCCAACUGGAUGCGGCCACUGCAAGUGUGGUGUACUGUCUGCAAAGGCUUGCCCGUGGAAGACCUGAUGGGGGUGUCCAAUAGUUCACGCUCACAAUUCAGAGUCUGUUCGCACCAAGCGAGACCUGUCAUCCGAUCACAGUAUGCCCACCUAAAUCGAGGGAUAAGCUUAUUCGACAGACACACGAUGAUCACCGCGUCGACUCACAUGCGCAGACACAGGAACGGUGCACGGGCCCAGCCAGACCAGACCAGACCAGAAAGCCAGCCUUAAAAGCUUGCUCACCUACACAGUAGGUACCCAGUCUCGGCACAGGCAGAGCCCGCCCUGACCGUUGACCGCCCGGCCCGUCUCAAAGGCGUGAUUCGCCAGCCAACGUGCGGCUGUUCCCUUGAGUGUUGUUUACUACGGCUCAUUAUUCAAUCAUAUUGGACAAUAUGACGGGCCAGCAGGGGAAAUUGCGACGUAAAGCCUGGCAGACGGUGGACGGGCAGACGGGCAACGGGGAGGGUCCUACUCUUCCAAUUUGCCCCUGAAUCUUAUUAGCGCAGUGGCCCGGGCUGUGCCUGGGCCGAGUCAUUUCUCACCAACGCAAUGGAUGACCCCUGAACACCCCCCGCAUAAGCCAGAUGCAGGCCCCUCCUUACACUGGCGCCCGCCAUACACACUACGACGACGGCAUCCACCUGACUGACGGGCGAGGCGCCGACUGAGGCGCCGACUGAGGCGCAGAAUCCCAAAUAAAUCUCUCGCCCCAGCGACGACGGCCAUCUUCCACGACGCACUUCCUUCCUGCCUCUUCAACCCCGAAGUAGAAACCGGUCUUGCAUAAUCACCCGGAAUCAUUCACCAGUCACUCUUUUGAAUCGAAUUAGUAUAAUUCAGCCACUCUUUAAUCACCACCCUGCUACUUUCCAGCUCGCACUGCUCAACUCGUCUUCAGUAUCCAACAGAAUAUAAUUCAUAAAAAUCAGCCAAAAUGCAGGUCACCAUCACCGCCGCUACUCUCCUCGCCUGGGUCUCCGCCGCCCUCGCCCAGACCGCCGGCUUUGACCCUAUCACCACUCCUGCCAAGGAUGAGUCCGUCGCCGCUGGCUCUACCUACACUGUCAAGUGGGACUACUCUGCCGACUACGCCGGCACCGUCUCGAUCCAGCUGCUCCAGGGCGCUGACCCCACCACUCUCCAGCUUGGACCUGUCGUUGCCAGCGGCCUUGACAACAGCGCCGGCUCUUUUGCCUGGGCUGUCGAUGCCGGCCUCGGCGCUGACGCCACCUACGGCCUGAAGAUCACCUACGACUCCAACCCCGAGGUGUUCCAGUACUCCUUCCCCUUCCACAUCGCCCAGGCCGCCGCCGUCAGCUCUGCCGCCGCCCCGGCCACCACCGCCGCGGCCGAGGUCCCCGCCAACCAGGGCGGCGCCGCCGAGUCCACCAUCUACUCGACCGAGAUGAUCACCAUCACCUCGUGCGCCGCCACCGUCACCGACUGCCCGGCCCGCUCCACCGUGACCAGCUCCACCAUCAGGCCCGUCACCACCGGCGGCUCUGAGGCGAGCGCCCCGGCCCCUUCGGCCCCGGUCCCCGCCCCUAGCGAGGUCAACGUCCCUCCCCAGCCCCAGACCACCCUCACCCCGGCCUACCCCGUCGGCAACGGCACCACCCCCGGCGGUGCCGUCGGAACCGUCACCCUCAAGACCUCCUCUGUCGCCGCCGGCACUGGAAACAUCCCCGCCCCUACCGCCACCGGCUCCGUCCCCGUCACCGCCAACGGUGCCGGCCGCCUCGCUGCUGGCUCCGUUGCCUUGGUUGCCGGUGUCAUGGCUGCCGUCUUUGCCCUGUAAGAUGGGUUAAAAGAUGCAGGAAUCUUUUUUCUGAGGAGACAAUUGGUUAUUUGGAGGCUACGUGGAACAUAAUGUUUGGAUACCCAUCCCUAGACGCCGCCGCCAGGCAGACAGGUCAAUUUUGAAUGAAGACGAUUUUCGGUGUGACCUGAUGCUUCCAGGAACUGUGAAUGUGUGACGACGGUGCUGUCGGACAUGAUGUGAUGAUCUAUACCGUGACUUUUGCGGAGUAUUAAAGGUGACUGCCGCACAUGUCUGCAAUGUAAGCGAUCUUUUUAGGUAGGAAGAUGGGAACUGCGGUCUUGUGUAUCACAGGGCACUGUUGAGUCUCGAGGCAAAAAGCGAAACAAUCAUUCAAAAAGUGAAACAAUCAUUGAACUCAAAAGUCAAGCUGUGUCCACGGUGGCUCCGCCGAUAUUCUCGUAGAACCAUCUCUUCGAAGUCCGAGGGACAAAGGCGGAAGCUUUCAACCACUGUAUCAAGUAAUCAUGAGCUGACUCCUUCAACCAGCAAGCCAUGCC